ACGUGAGUUUAAAAGGAAAAUGGCAGUUUGACGCACCUGUUGUGAAAUGCGAGGUGACAUUCGUAUAGUGUGUGUGUAUUUCGCCACACAGUGUUUGUUAAAAAAGAAGAAAAAAAAAAAAGAUGGCUGCAGCCAAAGCGCGGGAUAGAGUUUCACAUUCUAUAUAUAAGCCCGCCGGGUGCCGAAUGUCGCGGCUAUUUAAAUGCCACAGCAGUCGCACUUGAGCGAGCACACGCCACGUCGCCACAAUAUGAUGGACCUUUUUGAGACCAACGUGUACCUCUUCAACGAUUUGCGCUACUUGGACGACAGCGACAAUGGCUCGCUGCACCACCUGGACAUGGCGGGGGUGUCGCCACUCUACCACGCCGCCGCCGAGGACGACGACAGCCCGUCGUCGCCGGGGCGGGACCGGGCGGCGUCAGAGACGGGCGAGGACAGCAGCGGCGAAGAGCACGUCCUGGCGCCGCCCGGCCUGCGGUCCCACUGCGAGGGCCAGUGCCUCAUGUGGGCCUGCAAAGUGUGCAAAAGAAAGUCGGCGCCCACCGACCGCCGCAAAGCCGCCACGCUGCGCGAGCGCCGCCGCCUCAAGAAGAUCAACGAGGCUUUUGACGCCCUCAAGAGGAAGACGGUGUCCAACCCCAACCAGAGGCUGCCCAAAGUGGAGAUCUUGCGCAGCGCCAUCAGCUACAUCGAGAGGCUGCAGGAGCUCCUGCACAACUUGGACGAGCAGGAUCACUCCAUGGAACAAGACGCUGCGCUUGCUUCAGGAAACCCUUGGAAGAAGUCCUGCGAGACGUGGACCAACAUGGCGGACCAUUCCGGCGCCGGAUCGGUGAACCAGAGGGAAGGGUCCGGCGAGUCCUCGGCGUCCUGCAGCCUCCUGCGUCUGUCGUCCAUUGUGGACAGCAUCAGCAGCGGCGAGACGGCAGCUUUGGAAAAAUAA